AUGGCUGAGAGGGAAGAGGCUAAAGCGCUGCAGAAAGAAACGAAGAGCCUGGCCUGCAUCAUCGUCCUCGCAUCGUCGCGGCUACCACUCGACGUCCUCAUCGUCCUCGUCGCUGCCGCCGACGUCGCCACGCCGCCCGACUUCACCUUGCGCUCGAAAAAAACGUUUAAUGUCGACUCACCCUCCUUCACCCCCGCUGGUCUACCCUCGACAGCAUCUCCAAGCUCCAAUGCCUUUGGGGCUCCGACAAAGAAAUCAACGUUCUCAUCGCAGGCUGCGAGUGCAGCAGUCUUUACUCCCAGGGGAGCCGGCUCUGCUACACCUGCUGCACAAGAGAACGAAACCUCAUCAACCGUUUUCAACCCCGCCACGUUGCGAGAAUUCACUCCCCAAAACUUUGAGUUAAGCACUGGUAUCACCGCUAAUGGUGCUGCCUCUGACACAGGGAUCAAUUAUGAUCCCUUCACAAUGACAAGUGUUGCCCAGGCCCUGCCGACAACACAAUUCAACCCCUAUGCAGAUGAUCCGACAGGCCUUGUCGGUUCUAAUGCAGCGUUCUUCCAACAUCAAAACGCUUACACUGGACCCCUUCAACCCCUGCAAUAUCAUCUAUACGCCCCUGUUGGUCCGUAUCGAGACGAUCUGGCCCCUUUCCAGAGACAGGUUCAUGAUUUUUUUAUUCCUGAUAAGCUUCGUGAGGACAUGCAACGCAGAUCCGAAGCUUUGCAGCAAGUUAUGCCAAACUCUACACUGCCUCCGCUGGACAAUUACUUCUCGCUCGUUCCCCUGGACACUAGCCAUAGGAAGAGCUCUAGUGUUUUUGGAUACACGACGUGGGUGUACAAGGCAACGUCGUCCAAGAAUGGCAGGACCUACUGCCUCCGAAGACUAGAAGGUUUUCGGUUGACAAACGAGCAUGCCAUUCGCUCGGUCAAGGAGUGGCGACGACUUAACAACGGCAACGUGGUGUCGAUUCAUGAUGCGUUCACCACGCGCGCGUUCGGGGACAGUUCCCUAUUCUUUGUCCAGGACUACCAUCCACUCUCCAAGACCCUUGCCGAGCUACACUUCCCACACGCGGGCACCGCCCACGCCAGCAGGUUUGCCGCCAAAACGCCGAUUGCCGAAGGCGUCUUGUGGGGCUACGUUUCGCAGAUAGCCAACGCGCUGAAGGCCAUCCACGCUUUGAACCUUGCCGCUCGGUGUCUCGAUAUGAGCAAAAUCAUAGUUACAGACAAAAACCGCAUUCGCCUUGGCGCCUGCUCCAUCUUGGAUGUAGUCCACUUUGAAACACGUCGGCCUAUACAGGAUCUGCAGCAAGAGGACUUGAUCCACUUUGGCAAGCUGAUUUUGUCAUUGGCGAUAAACACGCUACCAAACCAGCUGACCAACCUUCAAGCAAGUCAAUUAAAGGGGCCGAUUGAGCAGAUGGGCCGGACGUAUUCUAAGGAAAUCACCGAUACUGUCUUGUGGCUUCUGACGCCGGCUCCUCCAGGCGCUACACCCAAGGGAAUCGAAGAAUUCGUAAGAGGCAUCGCUGUCCACAUGGUAGCAACCCUGGAUGCUAGCCUCCACGAAGCCGACACACUCAAGUCGGAGCUUUUCAGGGAACUAGAAAAUGGCCGGUUGGUGCGGCUCAUGGCGAAGCUGGGUGCGGUCAAUGAACGCCAAGAAUUCGACGGUGACAGAGCAUGGUCAGAGAACGGCGAAAGGUAUAUGUUGAAGCUGUUCCGCGAUUAUGUUUUCCACCAAGUCGACGCCAACGGAAACCCUGUGGUUGAUAUGGGCCACAUCAUCCGGUGUCUGAACAGGUUAGAUGCUGGCAGUGAUGACCGAAUCUGCUUGACAAGCCGGGAUGAACAGACCAGCUUCGUGGUCAGCUAUAAGGAGCUGAAGAAGCAGCUUGGCAAUGCAUUCGGGGAGCUUCUCAAGGGGGGGAAACAGCCGGCGGGUCGGGGAUUUCAAGGCCCAUCCCAUUAG